CACCAAAUUUUGUCCUAUCUCGACCUCGGUGCUUGCUUGCCUUUUUUUCCUUCCCCUUCCCUGCCGCCUUUUUCGUGCGUGUGUUCACAUUACUGUGCUUUCAUUGCGCGACAAAGACAUCUGCAAUCCAGCUCAGAGCCCGUGUGCGAGCAGACCGCCUGCGUCAUGGGCUGCAACUGUGCCUUGGCUUCCGAAUAAUAACCGAACGAUUAAGUCGCCGUUACGAUACGCUACUGGCGACUUCAGAAUCGCCUGCAUCUUGUUCGCAUCGAUACAGAAGCAUACUUGAUUGAUGAGAUACAGCACAAGCCAUCGCAUGAUCUUACCAUGAAUGCUCGGCUGCUUUUCGAAUUUUGGCACAUUGAUCUCCUUCCAUCUCGCUUGACCAACAUCUCUAGGAAGACAUUCGCAAGACAUGCUCGCACCUUUGCGCUUCCCUUCGUCGUGCCUCUUCCGCUAUGCUAAACCCCGCAUCACCCCCCUCCCCGACCUCCUCCGGGAAAAAAAGGCCGCAUUCCUCCACCGAAACGUCCUCAAUGCCUGCAGAGUCUCCGGCGCAGCCUCAGCAGCAAGCUGCUCGUGACGCGCACACAGCCGCGAACCCCAAUUCCUCGUCUUCCGCCGCCUCCAAUUCCUCGUCUUUCCGCAACGUAUCCGCCUGCAACCGGUGUCGUUUACGGAAGAACCGUUGCGAUCAACGACUUCCUCGAUGCCAAUCAUGCGAAAAGGCCGGCGUCCGCUGCGUCGGCUACGAUCCAAUUACGAAACGCGAAAUACCCCGAAGUUAUGUCUACUUUCUAGAGGCUCGCGUGGCAUACCUGGAGAAGCUGUUGAUGGACAACAAAAUCGAGUACAAGGAGCCAGUUGCGUUCGACGAAGAAGAAGCUGUGAAAAUGGAGGCUGGCCUCGAUGCUCCUCAAGUACCACUCGCGGGCUCGGAGGCCCCAGCGUCUACAGCUGAAGGAUCUGCAGCGGAAGGCAAUGAAACUGGUGUGAAAAAGGAGACAGAAGGCCCGACACCGAGACAGCAGAGAGAUACUUCAAGUGGACAGGAGCUGGAGAGGAGUCAUGAUUCAAAUAAAGAGGACAAUUGGCGCAUACAUAAUCUGGUAUCAAAUAUAGGCAUGGUAUCAGUACAAGGAACCUCUGAUCCGCGGUAUUUAGGCUCAACCUCCGGGAUCUCUUUUGCUCGUGUCGUCUUCGCUGCUGUCAAGAGUUCUGUGUCAGGAAACGCUGCAGAGCGUGGGCCAAUGCGCCCCAAUGAGCGCCUGCCGCAUAGUGCCACGGGGACUGCGGGGAGUACGAUGCGCGACUCAUUCUUCGGUCUACAGACAAGACCGACUAUGAAGUGUGCGGCGUUUCCAGAUCGAGACUUAGCCGAGAGACUUGCAAACCUUUAUUUCGAGCAUGCGAACGCCCAGAUACCCAUUCUUCAUCGGACCGACUUCAUGGAUAUGCUCGAACGGACAUACGCAGUCGAUGAGAAGGAACGGUCUCCGCGCAGCCUCUACACCCUCAACAUUGUAUUCGCCAUAGGUGCAGGUAUCAUUUUUGAAGAUAAACCGUCCGGUGAUGUGAAACCAGAAGGUCGAGAUCAUUCGCCAUCCUCUAGCUCUAAGAGACCCCGACUCGCGAGCCAUCAACAUCAGCCGGAAGAGUACCAUGCGUCUGCAAUAAUCAAUCUCGAGUCGUUUUUGGGAAAUACUGCCUCGGGAGACGGGUCAGGUGCAUUGGAGGAAUUGCAGGCUGUGCUGCUUCUCGCUAGCUUUGCUCUCUUGCGACCUGUAGCACCGGGGCUAUGGUACAUCGUAGGCGUGGCGAUGCGACUUGCAGUUGAUCUUGGACUGCAUUAUGAGGAUGGCACAGAGAUUGAUACACCUGGGGACGAGAGCAUCAGCAAACGUGCCCAAAGCAAGAGCACCGACAAAACCACGAAGCAGGUCGAUACGCGCGAGCUGGGGCGGCGCCAGUGGGUGCGAGAUCUUCGUCGUCGGCUUUGGUGGUGUGUAUAUAGUCUCGAUCGUUUGGUCAGUUGCUGUGUCGGUCGCCCCUUCGGUAUCAGCGAUCAAGCCAUCAGCACCGAGUUUCCAUCCGCUUUCGAAGAUAAAUACAUUACAAAGUCAGGCAUUGUGGCGCCACCUGAAGGCACGCCGAGUUAUAAGCACGCAGCACAUCAUUACUUCAAGCUACGGGUGUUGCAGUCUGAAAUUCAAGACGUGCUUCAACAUCAACAAGCCCGGUUUCUCAGACAACGGUCACCAUAUCCCGUCAGAAGACCCAUUCGCUCAGAUAUUAUGUCGCCUUUCUUGCAAGGCUUCGACUCUUUCCAUUCCUGGCGCAAAGACGUUCACAGGCGGCUGGCAGAAUGGCAGCAAAGCGCGCCCACCCGCCGUGACACAGGCGUGCAGUUCUCUGUGGAAUUUCUUGAGCUGAAUUACUGGCAGGCUGUCAUUAUGCUAUAUCAGCAGAGCUUAACGGUGCCACCAGAACUGGCAGAUGAGGUUAUGCCUGCCGAAGACGUGUCCAGUCCAUCGUUCUCUAAUGUGGAUGAGGUGGAGGAUGAAGAUGAGAUCUACUACAAAGUCGCCGAGGCUGGACAGAAGGUGAUUCGGAUCUACCGUCAAAUGCAUCGCGUGCGCUUAGUCAACUAUACAUAUUUGGCAACACACCAUAUUUUCAUGGCCGGUAUCUCCUUCCUCUAUGCAAUCUGGCACUCAGCUCUGGUUCGCAGUCGCUUGACACUCGAUGAGGUCGACUUCACCGUCCUCGCUGCUACCUCCGUUCUUGGGGACCUCAUGCACAAAUGUCCACCAGCGGAGGCAUGUCGGGACGCCUUCGAGCGAAUGAGCAAAGCCACCGUGCAAAUGUGCCUUUCUACCACUGGAUUUGGAUCCCAGGUUGACCUUGCCCGCAUCCAAGCUGAAGCCGCACAGCGAAAGGCAGCUGCGCUUCAAGCCAGCCAGAUCAGAGCGUACGGAGGUAACCAGCUGGAUCAGCGGUCUCGCCAUGUCCAGGGCCUCGUUCGUCGACAGGGCAGCGGCUCUUUGCGACAAGCUCCUCGUCCAGUGCCACGCUUCGACAUGAAUUUCGGUGACUUGUUCAAUGAUAAUACCAGUGUUUCCGAUCGUCCCAGCAAUGGACCCAGAAAACCUUUGCACUCCUACCAAGCACCACCACCUAGGGGGCCUAGACCUGACUACCCUGAACCCUCCGCGUCCAAUUACCCUCCUGAACGGCCCCCUAUCCGCCCCCAUCCCCAGCGAACGCCAUCCCUAGAGUAUUACGCAUCCCCUUAUGAUAACCCUGUUUCGCCUCAGGCCCAACAGCAACCACAUCCACCGCAACCGCAGCAGUAUUACUAUGCGAACUCCCCUCAGCAAAGCGCCUCGCCCAACAGCGUUAGCGCUAGCAACAAUCCCAGCCACCCCGCUGGUGCGCAAUACCAGCCAGCCCAUGACCCACCGUCCGCCAUUAGCCUCGAUUUCCUUGACUUCGACCCUACCGGCACGGCAGAUGGACACGUCCCCAACUCCGAGGACAACAACGCCGAAUACAAUCUCCAAGCGAUGCCUUCACUGAGCCAUGGGGUCGGUCAUAGUGUCGGCAUCGACCUCGGAUUCGGCAUGGCGAUGGAUUUUCAGCAUGAUUGGAGUGAGAAUGCUAAUUAUGAUAUGUUGGAAGGAUACUUUUUCGGUGGAUCGGGUAACAAUGGGCCGUCUGGAGAGGGUUGAUGAUAAGGUUGGAUGAGUCUUGCUGAAGGUGUGGUGGGGAUUUGUUCGGAUCGGUUUGCAUCACGAAAACCAUGGCUUGGCGAGACAUGCUUGAUUCGUUUAUACUGUAUAUACUUGUAAAAUGGAUCCCUCCGCAAAG